AGGUAUUCGAUAGAGGUAUGAAGGAGGGUAGAAAAGUGCUCUGAAAUCUUUACCAUCCCUGACUCAAAAGAAGGACUACCUUGUUGACCUAAAGAAACAGACAAUUAGAAAAGAUUUCCUGCCUGACAUCUGGGUGGGAUAUAGCAUUAGGAUCUCCAGUAUAUUUGCUGCUUAUUGAUGAAAACGACAGUUCUCAGGGUCUUCAGCCAAGAGGUGUAGCCAAGUGGUCCCUGUCUAGAGCACCAGAACCAGAUAAGCACACAUGCACACUUCCCUUGAGUAGAAACUCCCAUCAAGCCUGCUAUUUGGGCGUGGCAGCCAGGGUUCCUGUGGGACAUGUCAUGAUCCAGAGGAAGAGCAGAGCAUUUACUCCCAGUCUUCAGCUUCCAGAUGAGGACAGCUGACCCAAGACUAUUUUUGUUUUCUUCUCAGAUGCUUUUAUUUAUUUAUUUAUUUAUUUUUAAAUUCUGACUUCCUUGCAGUUAGGAAGUCAGAAUUUCUUUUUUUAAAAAAUUAAUUAAUUAAUUAAUUAAUUGAUUUUGAGCUGUGUUGGGUCUUCGUUUCUGUGAGAGGGCUUUCUCUAGUUGUGGCAAGCGGGGGCCACUCUUCAUCGCGAUGCGCGGGCCUCUCACUAUUGCGGCCUCUCUUGCUGCGGAGCACAGGCUCCAGACGCACAGGCUCAGUAGUUGUGGCUCACGGGCCUAGUUGCUCCGCGGCAUGUGGGAUCUUCCCAGACCAGGGCUUGAAGCCGCGUCCCCUGCAUUAGCAGGCAGAUUCUCAACCACUGCGCCACCAGGGAAGCCCAGAUCCUUUUAUUUAUUAGCCAAAGAAGGGGGAUGGGCUUUGGUUUGUGAUCUUCAGUAAAGCCUAGGUCUUGCCCCAUGAAGGGAGAUGGUAAUUGGCCCAUUAUUAACAAGAGGUAAUUUUUGUUUAUGAGAUGUUAAGAAUUACUCCAUGGUUUAGAGGUGGGCAUAGUGGUCAUAUACCUCAAACUUUCGGGGAUCCCCUCUGAAAUCUUCUAUUUUCCUUUUCUAAUUAUGGGUAUCCUGUAACUGAUUUAACUCCUUUUGGGGUAGACCCUGUUUCUAUCUUUAGCCUGUUCCACCUACAUGUACUUGAGCUUACAUGAAGUUUUGUUCUGUUCUACAUUUACCUCUUUUUAACUCACGUGUUUGUAUCUUCUGUAUUUGGUGAAUAUGUCUAUAUUCAUGCUUCCCAUUCUUUUCAUGAUUGUAUAGACUCAUCACCUUCUCCCUCAAACUUCAUCUUUCAGGACCAGGAGUUUUCACUUGGGAGGGGAGGGAUAUAGAAGAGAAGGGAAGAAAUUUAUCAGAAACAUUUGGGGAAUUCUUCCAAAUACAGCAGGUCUGCUCACCCCUCCCCUGAGUAUACCAAAAUCUUGGCUGGGGAAAUUAGUAUUUUUUGAGAAUUUCCACAUUUAGUUCCAAUGGUCAACUCCCUCUACCCUUUUGAACUGAAGGAGUUCACACUCCUUCAUCAUGAACAAAGAUGAUGGAUGGACAGGGUGCAAAGAUGAAUUUCUUGGGUCAUCACUGUGUUGAACUGAAGACACUGAUCUUUUUGUUCUUUGUGAAGCACUUCCUUCAUUUUGUGAUAGCUCAUGUUGAUAUUCAGAUGGAAUAAAGUUUCCAUUCAUUGUGGGACUGACAGUGUUUGGGGAUUGCAAUGAAACCUUGCAAUCAUAAAAUUUAAAUUGGUACUUAACUACAAAGGUCGGCGACAUCAGACCUGCACUGAUGCAGAUCCACCUAAUCCAGUAGCUUCUUCACUUGCUUUACUCCUGGUUGUCCCUGGACAGAUUCCUCAAGUGACUGAAGGCAACCAGAGAUGGAAAGGGCCAACAGAAGCUCCUUGGAGAGCUUUAUUCUGAUGGGUGUAUCUGACCAUCCCCAGCUGGAGAUAAUCUUUUUUGUAGUCAUCCUCUUCUCCUACUUGCUGACCCUUGUUGGGAACUCAACCAUGAUCCUGCUUUCCAGCCUGGAUGCCCGGCUCCACACACCCAUGUACUUCUUCCUCAGCAACUUCUCCUCCCUGGAUCUUGCUUUUACUACUAGCUCAGUCCCCCAAGUGCUGAUCAUCUUGUGGGGAUCAGACAAGACCAUCAGCUAUGGUGGCUGUGUGACCCAACUCAAUGUUUUCCUCUGGCUAGGGGCUACUGAGUGCAUCCUGCUGUUGGUGAUGGCAUUUGACUACUAUGUCAUGGUGUGCUGGCCCCUGCACUACACCACCAUCAUGAACCCCUGGCUCUGCUGGCUGCUGGCUGCCAUUGCCUGUUUGGGUGGCUUGGGCAACUCUGUGGUCCAGUCAACCUUCACUCUGCAGCUCCCUUUGUGAGGGCACCAGAGGGUGGACAGCUUCCUGUGUGAGGUGCCCGCCAUGAUCAAACUAGCCUGUGGAGACACAAGUCUCAAUGGUGUCUGCACCUUCUUCACCACUGUCCCAUUAAGCAUCAUCCUGAUCUCCUACUGCUACAUAGCUCAGGCAGUGCUGAAGAUCCACUCGGCCAAGGGACAGAGAAAGACCUUUAACACGUGCCUCUCUUAUCUGGUGGUGGUACGGCUCUUUUAUGGCUCAGCUAUCUAUGGGUAUCUGCUUCCUGCUAAGACCAGCAACCAGGACAAAUUCAUUUCCCUCUUCUACUCUGUGGUCACACCCAUGGUGAACCCUCUCAUUUACACUCUGAGGAACAAGGAGGUGAAGGGGGCGCUGAGGAGGCUGCUGGGGAAGUCAGCUGAAGGAAGGGAAAACUAUCAUUUACCACCUCUUCAUUUCUACAAGCUUUUUCUCAUUCUCUCUGGCCAGGUGAACGUGAGGAGUACUGACCGCAGUACAAGCAUGUUCUUGACAGCACUAAGCUGUUGGUACAUGGUUAAUGUUAUUUCUUUUUUUUUUUUUUUUUUGAGGUUAAAGGGAUUUUUUUUUUAACAUCUUUAUUGGGGUAUAAUUGCUUUACAAUGGUGUGUUAGUUUCUGCUUUAUAACAAAGGAAAUCAGUUAUACAUGUACAUAUGUUCCCAUAUCUCUUCCCUCUUGCGUCUCCCUCCCUCCCACCCUCCCUAUCCCACCCCUCCAAGUGGUCACAAAGCACCGAGCUGAUCUCCCUGUGCUAUGCGGCUGCUUCCCACUAGCUAUCUACCUUACGUUUGGUAGUGUAUAUAUGUCCAUGCCUCUCUCUCGCUUUGUCACAGCUCACCCUUCCCCCUCCCCAUAUCCUCAAGUCCGUUCUCUAUCUUUAUUUAUUUAUUUGCGGUACGCGGACCUCUCACCGCUGCGGCCUCUCCCGUUGCGGAGCACAGGCUCCGGACGCGCAGGCUCAGUGGCCAUGGUCCACUGGUCCACUGGCCCAGCUGCUCCGCAGCACAUGGGACCCUCCCGGACCGGGGCACGAACCCGUGCCCCCUGCAUCGGCAGGCGGACUCUCAACCACUGCGCCACCAGGGAAGCCCGUUAAUGUUAUUUCUAAUGUUCUACACUUCUUUACCAAAUAUCCUACUGUGGACCACAGAUAACAGGGCAGAUGUGUCAUCAAUGACUCAGAGGUUGUUGACUUAGUACAGACUUAGUUCACUGUCACUGCUGUCCACAUUUUAUUACAUGUAAUAAAUAUUACAUAUGUAUUAUUGUAUUUCUAGAGAAUUCUGUACUUUUCUAAAGAAAGCACCUCCACUUGGCAGUAUCUUAUAUAAUUCCAUAAAAUCAAGCCAGGUUUUAUUAGCCCCAGUUGAAAACCCAAGAAUUCAUCUUUGCACCCUAUCCAUCCAUCAUCUUUGUCCAUCUCUCUUUGUCUUUUCUUAAUGUUUCAGUCUAUCUACCCACACUUCCCAGUCAUAUGCCCCUCUGUCAUCUUGUUUAACCUCUAUUUUAUGUCUACAUUCCAUUUUCCCUUUUGCCUUAUCCAAUGUUGAAUGAGAAAUGGUAGGAAGGAGAUUGGUUCAAGAUGAUGGAGUAGAAGGACGUGCUCUCACUCCCUCUUGCGAGAGCACUGGAAUCACAACUAAUUGCUGAACAAUCAUCAACAGGAAGACACUGGAACUCACCAAAAAAGAUACCCCACAUCCAAAGAGAAAGGAGAAGCCACAAUGAGACAGAAGGAGGGGCACAAUCACAAUAAAAUCAAAUCCCAUAACUGCUGGGGGGUUGACUCACAAACUGGAGAACACUUAUACCACAGAAGUCCACCCACUGGAGUGAAGGUUCUGAGCCCCACGUCAGGCUUCUAACCUGGGGGUCUGGCAACAGGAGAAGGAAUUCCCAGAGGAUCAGACUUUGAAGGCGAGAUUUGACUGUAGGAUUUUGACAGGACUGGGAGAAACAGAGACUCCACUCUUGGAGGGCACACACAAAGUAGUGUGCAUAUCGGGUCCCAGGGGAAGGAGCAGUGACCCCCAUAGGAGACUGAACUAGACCUAUUUGCUAGUGUUGGAGGGUCUCCUGCAGAGGCAGAGGGUGGCUGUGUCUCACCAUGUGGACAAGGACACUGGCAGCAGAAGUUCUGGGAAGUACUCCUUGGUGUGAGCCCUCCCAGAGUCCAACAUUAGCCCCACCAAAGAGCCCAGGUAGGCUCCAGGGUUGGGUCACCUCAGGCCAAACAACCAACAGCGAGGGAACCCAGCCCCACCCAUCAGCAGACAAGUGGAUUAAAGUUUUACUGAGCUCUGCCACCAGAGCAACAGCCAGUUCUACCCACCACCAGUCGCUUCCAUCAGGAAAGUUGCACAAGACUCUUAGAAAACCUAAUCCACCAGAGGGCAGACAGCAGAAGCAAGAAGAACUACAAUCCUACAGCCUGUGGAACAAAAACCACAUUCAGAAAGAUAGACAAGAUGAAAAGGCAGAGGGUUAUGUACCAGAUGAAGGAACAAGAUAAAACCCCAGAAAAACAACUAAAUGAAGUGGAGAUAGGUAACCUUCCAGAAAAAGAAUUCAGAAUAAUGAUAGUGAAGAUGAUCCAGGACCUCCAAAAAGAAUGGAGGCAAAGAUCAAGAAGAUGUUAGAAAUGUUUAAAAAAGACCUAGAAGAAUUAAAGAACAAACAAACAUAGAUGAACAAUACAAUAACUGAAAUGAAAACUACACUAGAAGGAAUCAAUAGCAGAAUAACUGAGGUAGAAGAACAGAUAAGUGACCUGGAAGACAGAAAGGAGGAAUUCACCUCUGCGGAACAGAAUAAAGAAAAAAGAAAUAAAGACAGCCUAAGAGACCUCUGGGACAACAUUAAAUGCAACAACACUCGCAUUAUAGGGGUCUCAGAAUGAGAAGAGAGAGAGAAAGAACCUGAGAAAAUAUUUGAAGAGAUUAUAGUCAAAAACUUCCCUAACAUGGGAAAGGAAAUAGCCACCCAAGUCCAGGAAGCGCAAAGAGUCCCAUAAAGGAUAAACCCAAGGAAACACACUGAGACAUAGUAAUCAAAUUGGCAAAAAUUAAAGACACAGAAAAAUUAUUGAAAGCAGCAAGGGAAAAAUGACAAAUAAUAUACAAGGGAACUCCCAUAAGGUUAAGAGCUGAUUUCUCAGCAGAAACUCUACAAGCCAGAAAGGAGUGGCAUGACAUAUUUAAAAUGAUGAAAGGGAAGAACCUACAACCAAGAUUACUCUACCCAGCAAGGAUCUCAUUCAGAUUCGAUGGAGAAAUCAAAAGCUUUACAGACAACCAAAAGCUAAGAGAAUUCAGCACCACCAAACCAGCUCUACAACAAAUGCUAAAGGAACUUCUCUAAGUGGGAAACACAAGAGAAGAAAAGGGCCUACAAAAACAAACCCAAAACAAUUAAGAAAGUGGUAAUAGGAACAUACAUAUUGAUAAUUACCUUAAACGUGAAUGGAUUAAAUCCUCCAACCAAAAGACACAGGCUUGCUGAAUGGAUACAAAAACAAGACCCAUAUAUAUGCUGUCUACAAGAGACCCACUUCAGACCUAGGGACACAUACAGACUGAAAGUGAGGGGAUGGAAAAAGAUAUUCCAUGCAAAUGGAAAUCAAAAGAAAGCUGGAGUAGCAAUACUCAUAUCCGAUAAAAUAGACUUUAAAAUAAAGAAUGUUACAAGAGACAAGGAAGGACACUACAUAAUGAUCAAGACAUCAAUCCAAGAAGAAGAUAAAACAAUUAUAAAUAUAUAUGCACCCAACAUAGGAGCACCUCAAUACAUAAGGCAACUGCUAACAGCUAUAAAAGAAGAAAUCGACAGUAACACAAUAAGAGUGGGGGACUUUAACACCUCACUUACACCAAUGGACAGAUCAUCCAAACAGAAAAUUAAUAAGGAAACCCAAGCUUUAAAUGACACAAUAGACCACAUAGAUUUAAUUGAUAUCUAUAGGACAUUCCAUCCAAAAACAGCAGAUUACACUUUCUUUUCAAAUGCGCACAUAACAUUCUCCAAGAUAGAUCACAUCUUGGGUCACAAAUCAAGCCUCAGUAAAUUUAAGAAAAUUGAAAUCAUAUUAAGUAUCUUUUCUGACCAUAAUGCUAUGAGAUUAGAAAUCAAUUACAGGGAAAAAAAGUAAAAAACACAAACACAUGGAGGCUAAACAAUAUUUUAUGAAAUAACCAAGAGAUCACUGAAGAAAUCAAAGAGGAAAUCAAAAAAUACCUAGAGACAAAUGACAAUGAAAACAUGACGAUUCAAAACCUAUGGGAUGCAGCAAAAGCAAUUCUAAGAGGGAAGUUUAUAGCAAUACAAUCCUACCUCAACAAACAACAAACAUCUCAAAUAAACAAUCUAACCUUAUACCUAAAGGAACUAAAGAAAGAAGAACAAAAUAACCCCAAAGUUAGUAGAAGGAAAGAAAUCAUAAAAUCAGAGCAGAAAUAAAUGAAAUAGAAACAAAACAAUAGGAAAGAUCAAUAAAACUAAAAGCUGGUUCUUUGAGAAGAUAAACAAACUUGAUAAACCAUUAGCCAGACUCAUCAAGAAAAAAAGGGAGAAGACUCAAAUCAUUAAAAUUAGAAAUGAAAAAGGACAAGUUACAACAGACACCGCAGAAAUACAAAGCAUCCUAAGAGACUACCACAAGCAACUCUAUGCCAAUAAAGUGGACAGCCUGGAAGAAAUGGACAAAUUCUUAGAAAGGUAUAACCUUCCAAGACUGAACCAGGAAGAAAUAGAAAAUAUGAACAGACCAAUCACAAGUAAUGAAAUUGAAACUGUGAUUAAAAAUCUUCCAACACACAAAAGUCCAGGCCCAGAUGGCUUCACAGGUGAAUUCUAUCAAACAUUUAGAGAAGAGCUAACACCCAUCCUUCUCAAACUCUUCUAAAAAAUUGCAGAGGAAGGAACACUCCCAAACUCAUUCUAUGAGACCACCAUCACCCUGAUACCGAAACCAGACACAGAUACUACAAAAAGAGAAAAUUACAGACCAAUAUCACUCAUGAAUAUAGAUGCAAAAAUCCUCAAUAAAAUACUAGCAAACAGAAUCCAACAACGCAUUAAAAGGAUCAUACACCAUGAUCAAGUGGGAUUUAUCCCAGAGAUGCAAAGAUUCUUCAAUAUACACAAUCAAUGUGAUACACCAUAUUAACAAAUUGAAGAAGAAAAACCAUAUGAUCAUCUCAAUAGAUGCAGAAAAAGCUUUUGACAAAAUUCAACACCCAUUUAUUAUAAAAACUCACCAGAAAGUGGGCAUAGAGGGAACCUACCUCAACAUAAAAAGGGCAUAUAUGACAAACCCACAGCAAACAUCAUUCUCAAUGGUUAAAAUGAAAGCAUUUCCUCUAAGAUCAGGAAAAAGACAAGGAUGUCCACUCUCACCACUAUUAUUCAGUAUAGUUUUGGAAGUCCUAGCCACAGCAAUUAGAGAAGAAAAAGAAAUAAAAGGAAUACAAAUUGGAAAAGAAGAAGUAAAACUGUCAUUGUUUGUAGAUGACAUGAUACUAUACAUAGAAAAUCCUAAAAACGCCACCAGAAAACUACUAGAGCUAAUCAGUGAAUAUGGUAAAGGUCAGGAUACAAAAUUAAUGCACAGAAAUCUCUUGCAUUCCUAUACAAUAAUGAUGAAAAAUCUGAAAGAGAAAUUAAGGAAACACUCCCAUUUACCACUGCAACAAAAAGAAUAAAAUACCUAGGAGUAAACCUACCUAGGGAGACGAAAGACCUGUAUGCAGAAAACUAUAAGACACUGAUGAAAGAAAUUAAAGAUGAUACCAACAGAUGGAGAGAUAUACCAUGAUCUUGGAUUGGAAGAAUCAAUAUUGUGAAAAUGACUAUACUAACCAAAGCAAUCUACAGAUUCAAUGCAAUCCCUAUCAAAUUACCAAUGGUAUUUUUUACAGAACAAGAAAAAAAAAUCUUAAAAUUUGUUUGGAGACACAAAAGACCCUGAAUAGCCAAUGCAGUCUUGAGGGAAAAAAUUGGAGUUGGAGGAAUCAUGCUCCCAGACUUCAGACUAUACUACAAAGCUACAGUAAUCAAGACAAUAUGGUACUGGCACAAAAACAGAAAUAUAGAUCAAUGGAACAGGAUAGAAAGCCCAGAGAUAAACCCACACACAUAUGGUCAACUAAUCUAUGACAAAGGAGGCAAGGAUAUACAAUGGAGAAAAGACAGUCUCUUCAAUAAGUGGUGCUGGGAGAACUGGACAGCUACAUGUAAAAGAAUGAAAUUAGAACACUCCCUAACACCGUACACAAAAAUAAACUCAAAAUGGAUUAGAGACCUAAAUAUAAGACUGGCGACUAUAAAACUCUUAGAGGAAAACAUAGGAAGAACACUCUUUGACGUAAAUCACGGCAAGAUCUUUUUUGAUCCACCUCCUAGAGUGAUGGAAAUAAAAACAAAAAUAAACAAAUGGGACCUAAUGAAACUUAAAAGUUUUUGCACACACACACACAAAAAGAGUUUUUGCACAGCAAAGGAAACUACAAACAAGAUGAAAAGACAACCCUCAGAAUGGGAGAAAAUAUUUGCAAAUGAAUCAACAGACAAAGGAUUAAUCUCCAAAAUAUGUAAACAGCUCAUGCAGCUCAACAUUAAAAAGCAAACAACUCAGUCCAAAAAUGGGCAGAAGACCUAAAUAGACAUUUCUCCAAAGAAGGCAUUUCUCCAAAGAAGACAUACAAUGGCCAAGAAGCACAUGAAAAGCUGCUCAACAUCACUAAUUAUUAGAGAAAUGCAAAUCAAAACUACUAUGAAGUAUCACCUCACACCAGUUAGAAUGGGCAUCAUCAGAAAAUCUGCAAACAACAAAUGCUGGAGAGGGUGUGGAGAAAAGGGAACCUUCUUGCACUGUUGGUGGGAAUGUAAAUCGAUACAGCCACUAUGGAGAACAGCGUGGAGGUUCCUUAAAAAACUAAAAAUAGAGUUACCAUAUGACCCAGCAAUCCCACCACUGGGUAUAUACCCAGAGAAAACCAUAAUUCAAAAAGACACAUGCACCCAAUAUUCACUGCAGCACUAUUUACAAUAGCCAGGACAUGGAAGCAACCUAAAUGCCCAUCGACAGAUGAAUGGAUAAAGAAGAUGUGGUACAUAUAUACAAUGGAAUAUUAGCCAUAAAAGAAUGAAAUCAGGUCAUUUGUAGAGAUGUGGAUAGAUCCUGAGACUGUCAUACAGAGUGAAGUAAGUCAGAAAGAGAAAACAAAUAUAUUAACGCACAUAUGUGGAACCUAGAGAAAUGGUUCAGAUGAACUGGUUUGCAGGGCAGAAAUUGAGACACAGAUGCAGAGAACAAACAUAUGGACACCAAGGGGGGAGAGUGGCGUUGGGCGGGGUGUCGUGGCAGUGUGAUGAAUUGGGAGAUUGGGAUUGACAUGUAUACACUAAUAUGUACAAAAUGGAUAACUAAUAAGAACCUGCUGUAUAAAAAGCAAAUAAAAUUAAAUUAAAAAAGGAAAUGGUAAGAAGACCAUUUUUCUUUUCUUUUCUUUUUGGGCGUGCCCUCCGGCUUGUGGGAUCUUAGUUUCUCGACCAGGGAUCGAACCAGUGCCCCCUGCAGUGGAAGCCUGGAGUCCUAACCACUGAAUUGCUGGGGAAUUCCCAAGACCAUUU